UUCUUUUUUAUGUUUUCGUUUUAAUAAUGUCAUCGAUCAAGUUUUCAUUGCCCAAAUAUUUGUACUUUAUUUUCAUUUUGUUGGGUUCAACCUUUCUAGUUCUCUGGUCUCUGGAAACCCGUUCAGAGUGAGGCAUCUGUCUUCCGUGCUGCUCUCUGCUGUAAACACACGUAGCUGCUAGCGGAGCAGCUGUUCUCAUGUCUCCCCGGCUCCGUCUGCUUGUUCUUGGCAGAAACUCUCCAGCUGUCUGACAGCCUGCUCUCGCUGUGUGUCUCCCCGGCAGGACGGCAGGGAUGCUCCGGUUCUGGUUUAAAGCAGCGGUCGUCAUCUGGCUCCUUCCCGGCUGUCUGGGGGCAGCUCGCCUGUACACGGAGGAGGACCCGCUGGUGAUCCUGAGCAGCAGCAGCCUCAAGCCGAUUGUUAGUAAUUCGUCUUCGGCCUGGCUGGUCCAGUUCUUUUCCUCCUGGUGUGGACACUGCAUCCAGUACUCCAGCACAUGGAAGGCCCUGGCACAGGACGUCAAAGACUGGCAGCAGGCCAUCAGUGUGGCAGUGUUGGACUGCGCUCAGGAGGAAAACUUUGACGUGUGUAAAGAGUACAGCAUCAAGUUCUACCCAACAUUCAAAUAUUUUAGAGCUCACAGUCCAGAGACAGAGAGAGGGACGACCUACAGAGGUGCAGACAGAGAGAUCCAGUCAGUGAGACAGCUGAUGGUGAACAUCCUGCAGAACCACACCAAGCUGGACUGGCCUGACCGCUGUCCUCCCCUGGAACCACACAGCUCUGUGGAACUGCUGCCUCUGAUUGGUCAAAGGUCAGAUCACUACACCGCCAUCAUCGUCGAGGAGCCCGGCUCCUACGUAGGACGAGAGGUGAUCCUGGACCUGCUGCAGUACUCCGGUGUGGAGGUGAAGAGGGCCCUGAGCUCUGAUCUGCCCCUUCUGGAUGCUCUGAAGAUCACAGCCUUCCCGUCCAUCUACCUGCUGCACCCCAACGCAACACACACACACCUGCACGUGCAGAAGAAGUUGCGUUUCUUCUUCUCCUCCUUACUGAGGACGUUACCAGGCGUUCAGCGCAGGCUGAAGUCGGACAGCAGCAGCAGCAGUUCCAGCGGAGGUCAGAUGGGGGCGCUGCCAGACAAACAGAGCACGCAGCCCUGGAGAGACUUCGACAGGUCAAAAGUGUACUCAGCUGAUCUGGAGUCAGCCCUCCACUACCUGCUGAGAGUUGAGCUGGCUACCCACAACAGUCUGGAGGGGGAGGAGCUGAAGAUCUUUAAGGACUUUGUCACUUUGGUUGCCAAGCUGUAUCCAGUCGGGGGUUCUGUGGUGAAGCUGAUGGAGACUCUCUCUGAUUGGCUGCUUAGUCUGCCCCUGCAGCGAAUCCCCUACCAGGCCAUCCUGGACCUGGUGGACAACAAGAUGCAGAUCUCAGGUGUGUUCCUGGGGGCGGAGCUUCGCUGGGUUGGUUGCCAGGGAAGCAGGGCAGGGCUUCGAGGUUACCCAUGUUCACUGUGGACUCUGUUUCAUGUCCUGACUGUCCAGCACGAUGCCACACCCACCACACUGGACAACACAGGUCUGGAGGGCGAGGCGGCGCCGGUGCUGCAGGUGAUGCGGCGGUACAUCAGGACGUUCUUCGGCUGCGAGCAGUGCGGUCGACACUUUGAACAGGCAGCCGCGGACAGUAUGGACCGAGUCCAGAACAGAGAGGAGCAGAUCCUGUGGCUGUGGAACCAGCACAAUCGGGUCAACUACAGACUGGCUGGCUCUCUGAGUGACGACCCCCUCUUCCCGAAAGCCCCCUGGCCGAGCCCCGCCCUCUGCCCCUCCUGCCACGAGGAGAAAAAUGGCGUCCACGUCUGGAAUCACGACAACGUCCUCCUCUUCCUGAGACAGCACUACGGAGCUGCCAACCUGUCCCCCAGAUACUCGCUGACUCCCCCACGACUCCCCGCACCUCCUCCUAAUCCUGAUCCUGAUCAUGUACCGACCAGCUGGCCUCAGGAGGAGCACCGGGGACGAGGAGGAGAGAGGAAGGAGCCGGAGAGGAAAGCUGUUGAGCCGCAGCCUCGACCGGGACACCACGCUCCAAGAGAGGAGGAGAGGGGGCAGGUUGUGGGCCUAGGAGGCGGUGUGGCAGCAGGAGGAGGUGUUUGGAUUCUGGGUCUGGGUUUUAACAGUGUGGACAUGAGUCUGUGUGUGGUCCUGUACGUCUGCUCCUGCCUCUUCCUCAUGCUCCUCUUUUUCUUCUUCAAAGUCCGAUCCAGGAGGUGGAAGCUCCGAUACUCCCGCCUCCACGUCUGAUCAGACCUGACCAAUCUAACACAGCCUAGACCAGUUUAACCCAGACCAGACCAGUUUGACCCAACUGUGGUUCAGGGCUUGUAUGGAGGUCAAAAGAUGCAAACAGAAGUUAGUCUGUUAUCCUGGUGUCAGUCCACCAAACUUAGAGAAUAUUGUUCCCAGGUGUAUGAGGACCGGGACCUCACCUGACUGUGUCCCGUCCCGUGUCGUCACAGCCACGAGGUAAAAGCAACAAAGUGGUUUUGCCCACCACGUCUGAUGUGCCGCAGUUUGGAUUUCAGAUGUCACAUGUAGAACCUGAUCUGGAUUUGUUUUAUGUAAACUAUUUAUUUUUUUAAUGCUCACACUGGAUCCUGUCAGCAGGUGUGUGUUCAGUCUGCUGGUCUGGACCAGGUGAGUUUCUAACCUCCCAGAGCUCCACAGGAGGGACGUGGACAUGAAGACAGACCAGCAGCACAGUGAGACUGGAGACCAGAGCGGUUCUGCUGUGUUCACUUUGUGCCAAAUGUUGCUGACAGGUGACACACCUGUUCUCUCAGGCCCCCAUCCCCCGCCUUCCCCAUGGGGACCAAACACGUCCCUGUAAUGUAAGUGAGGGGACGCUAACCCUGAUUCCUUCGAGAUCAGGGUUAACGUCAAGUCUCCAGGAAAUGAACGUUAAUGUGUGUGUGUGUGUGUGUGUGUGUGUGUGUUACUUAUUACUCUCUUAACUGUGAACAUGAACCCGUCCUGAUGAGGGUCUCUUACCGAUUGAUUCAAGGUAUUAUUGUUGAUCAGUCCAUUCUGUAUUAAAGUAUUGAUC